GGACCCCGAUGUAGGGUGGGGAGCACAGGGCCCCGUCCCUCUAUGGCCCCGUCCCUGUAUGGCCCCAUCAUUGUAUGGCCCCAUUCCUGUAUGGCCCGUCCCGCACCCCCCGCUCCGCCGCCCUCCCUCUGGCCCCUUCCCUCGCUCCGUCCCCCCGGCAGCAGCUGCCCGGUUAUUAAUAGCACUGCGGCCAUGGCGGCUCCGUGUCACCCUCCCACCCGCUUCCACCGUGUACACGGCACCAACGUCCGCCUGGACGCGUCGCGCACACGGGCCACGCGCGUGGAGAGCUUCGGUAACGCGCUGUGCUUCAGCCACGAGCCGCUGGAGCCGGGGCAGCUCUUCCUGGUGGAGAUCGACGAGAAGGAGCGGGGCUGGUGCGGCCACCUCCGCGUGGGGCUGACGGCGCUCGACCCGCAGAGCCUGGGCUCGGUGCCCGAGUAUUCGCUGCCCGACCUGGUCGCUAUGGGGGACACGUGGGUGUUCGCCAUCACCCGCAGCCACAACCGCGUGUCGGUGGACGGGCAGGAGGAGCCGACCCCGGCCCCGGCCCCGCUGUGGGAGCCCGAGCUGCGCAUCGAGGGCGUGAGGAUCCCCCGGGACAAACUGGUGGGGCGCAGCCGGCCCGGGCGAUACAGCCACCUCCUGGACGAGCUGUACCGCACCAACGUGCUGCCGCCCACCGCCCUGCGCAGCCGCAUCGGGGUCCUGUACGCCCCCCGGCCCGACGGCACCGCCGAUAUGCACAUCGUCAUCAACGGGGAGGACAUGGGGCCGAGCGCACGGAGCCUGCCCACGGCACGGCCGCUCUACGCCGUGGUUGACGUCUUCGCCUCCACCAAAAGCGUCCAUGUGAUCCAGGUGGAAUAUGGCUUCCCCUCCCUGCAGACACUCUGCCGGCUGGUCAUCCAGAAGCACAUUGUGCACCGCCUGGCCAUCGACGGCCUGGAUCUACCCCCCAUGCUGAAGCACUUCUGCCAACACGAGUGAGGAACUGAGGGUGCUGCAUGACACAGCCCCCUGCCCCCAGAUGGACUUUCCUCUGUGUGAAUGGGUGCGGUGGGAGCUCUGAGCACCCGAUGUAGCUGUGUGUGCCCCAUUCACUGCAGGGGAGUUGGACUAAAUGACUUUCAAAGGUCCCUUCCAACUCAAAUUACUGUACAGUUGGGCUUGAGGCCAUUCACAGAAGAGCUGAGUAAUAAAGCACUUCCAGGCACAGCCUGAGCUCUGCAUGGUGCUGGUGCAGAGCCCAGGCACAAAGCCACCAUU